CUGGUCUUGCUCCUGGUAGACUACCACUUUAUAUAGUCGAUAAACAUUCGAAAGACAGGGGAAUAAAUAGUACGGGAUUUCAAUAUGUAUUCCAAUAAAAUUGAAGGACCGCGCCGAGGAAGGUCUUUCGACUCCAUUAACAUCGGGUUUGAAGAAAAGCUACUGAACAAUGAGAUGAACAAAUCAACCUUCACGAAGAUCGAGGAGAGCAGAACCGAGAAAAAGAACGCGCCAUCAGACGGGCGCGCAGCGAUUGUCUUCUCACUCAAGAAUGAAGUUGGAGGGCUCGUGAAGGCGCUGAAACUUUUCCAGGAAAACCACGUCAACCUUGUCCACAUAGAAUCCAGAAAAUCGAAAAGGCGUAACUCUGAAUUCGAGAUCUUCGUGGACUGUGACAGCGAUCACGAGCAGCUCAACGAGAUCAUUCAGCUGCUACGUAAGCACGUGAACAUAGUGGAUAUGGACCAACCUGACAACUCCUGUUUACCUGAAGAAGAUAUAGAAAAUGCCCCCUGGUUCCCCAAGAAGAUCUCAGAUCUGGACAAGUGUGCCAACCGUGUUCUAAUGUACGGAUCAGACCUGGACGCCGACCAUCCGGGGUUCAAGGACAACGUCUACAGAAGAAGGAGAAAGCAUUUCGCUGAUCUCGCCAUGAACUACAGAUAUGGGGACCCUAUCCCUCGUAUAGAGUUUACAGAGGAGGAGUUGGCAACGUGGGGGGUGGUGUACCGGGAGCUCAACAAGCUGUACCCUACCCACGCCUGUAGAGAGUACCUGAAGAACCUGCCCCUACUGGCCAAACACUGUGAAUGUAGAGAGGAUAACAUACCACAGCUAGAGGACGUAUCACGCUUCCUUAGAGAGCGGACAGGCUUCACCAUCCGGCCUGUGGCAGGUUACCUCUCCCCCAGAGACUUCCUGGCUGGUCUGGCCUUCCGCGUGUUCCACUGUACCCAGUACGUCCGACACAGCUCCGACCCCCUCUACACACCAGAGCCAGACACGUGCCAUGAGUUGCUGGGUCACGUCCCGUUGCUGGCUGAGCCCAGCUUCGCCCAGUUCUCCCAGGAGAUAGGCCUGGCUUCCCUCGGAGCUUCAGAUGAAUCCAUACAGACCCUGGCCACCUGUUAUUUCUUCACGGUGGAGUUUGGCCUGUGUAAACAGGAGGGGAAGCUGAGAGCGUACGGAGCAGGCCUUCUGUCUUCCAUCAGUGAACUCAAGCAUGCUUUGUCUGGUAACGCCGUCAUCAAGCCUUUUGACCCCAAGGUCACGUGUAAACAGGAGUGCAUCAUCACAACAUUUCAGGACAUCUACUUUGUGUCCGACAGCUUUGAGGAGGCCAAAGUCAAGAUGAGGGAGUUUGCCAAGACGAUCAAGCGUCCGUUCACGGUGCGCUACAACCCGUACACUCAGAGUGUGGACGUUCUAAAGGACACUCCCAGUAUCAACAGCGUGGUCGAGGAGCUGAGACAUGAGCUGGACAUUGUGGGCGACGCCCUCAGCCGGCUUAACAAACACCUGGGAGUCUGAGUGACAACCUAAAGCCCUAUGAGUCACAGACUCCUAAAUGGCACCCUAUACCCUGCCUACAGGCCCUGGUCAAAAGUAGUGCACUAUAUAUAAGGAAUAGGGUGCCAUUUGGGACACGGGUCUCUGAUGACCUCAACGCCAUUAUCUGAGUGUCUGUGACGACCUAGACACACGCCACCCCGUGUUCCGCUAUCUAAUUAUUAUCCAUCGGUCAGAUCUGUUUGUGCUGUCUUUGCCAACUUCCAUGGUCAUUGUCACACCAAACAAUUACUGUAGCUGAAUUGGUAGAGCAUCGGCGCUUGUAACGCCAGGGUAGUGGGUUCGAUCCCCGGGACCACCCAUACGU